AUGCCCUGGAGGCCUGGGUCGUUCCCACGGCGCGUCUCCAGGGCCCCCGUAGUCGCUAGGUUGCGGGCGGAGGCCCGGCAGGUGUGCGGGGCGGUGGCAGUGGCCGUGGAACGGAUGGCGGCGGAACCGGGGCGCUCGUGGCUGCAGGCGCGGGGCGCAUACGGGGCGAGCGAGGCCCUGCGGCGCGCUGCGGGUCGUCGGCGGGACCCUGGGCCGCAAUCUAACGGUCCAGGCCCGGAGGAAACGCGCGCCCCGGGCCGCCUGGCUCGCUUGCGGGGCCAACUGCGCGCAGAGGCGGCGGCCCGUGGCGAGCCCCCCAAGCUGCUGCGGGUGGUGGAGCGCGCGGGGCAGGGCCCGGCGGAGCGCACGGAGCCUCGCAGCCGCGACUCGGUGUGCUCGGUGUGCGGGGAGCCCCGCGGCGGGGCCACCUACCCGGCGGGCGUGCUGGAGGUGAGCGAGCGGCGGCUGCAGGAAGGGUUGCUGGCCGUGCGCAACGAGCUGAGCGCGGGGCUGGAGGCGUUGCGCGCGGAGCUGCGGGCCGAGCUGGACGCCCUGCGCGCUCUGCUGCCCUCGCCAACCCCUGCCCGCCGCGAGCCCCGCGCUGCCGGUCCGCGCCCCGCAGCCCGCGGCCCCGCUCUGCUCAAGGCUCUGGGCACCGUGAAUGCGCUGGCGACCACCGUGCAGAAGUCCACGGACGAAGGCCCCGACGACGGAGCCGCCUCCCGGGUUCCCGCGAGGAAGAACUUCAAGAAGACGCCUGUGCCACCCGGGGUGCCAGCUUCUCAGGGCCCUCAGGGCGGUGGGGAUUGAAUGCGGUGGGUGGCAAGAUGAUCUGGGGGGGGGUACUUGCAGAAGGAU